CUCACCCCUGCCUUCGCCAUGCACAGCCCCCCCUGAGCCCCGCAGCGCCCCGGGGACCCGCCGUCCCCAGGGUGCCCAGCAGCCCUCGCCCUCCCGCUACCCCACCGGGGCCUUCAGCCUCUGCUCCCUUUCUCCUCCUCCUCCUCCUCCUCCUCCUCCUCCUCCUCCUCCUCCUCCUCCUCCUCCUCCUCCUCCUCCCGCAGCCACCACCCUCCCUCCUUCCCCAGGGCCUGGCUGGCAUGGAGGUGCUGGCCGCAAGGAGCCGGAUGCUUCCCGCGGCUCCUGCCUCCUCCCCGGGCUGCAUCCCUCCUGCCCGGCAUCCCUGCUCCCCGACAGAGCCCUGAGCCGCCCAGCAACCGCCUCCUUUGUGCACCGGAGCGGGUGUGCGUGCUCCAUCACCCCCCCCCACCCCGGAACCCCCACACACCCCCCCACCCCCCGGCUCUCUCUCUCCGCUCGGCGGGGACGGUGGCGGCCGGCGGGGGAGCGGGAGAGAUGCUGCCCUCGGCGGAGGAGGCAAGAGCGGGAGGCCGGCGGAGAGAAGCAGCGCUUGGCACUGGCCGAUGCUGACAUCCCCCCCAGAAUUGCUGGACCCUCCGCUUCCAUCCCAAGGCUCUCACCCCGCCAUGCCCCAGCAGAGCCACGGCCCCAUCACCUGGGGCUCCCCAACCCAUCCCAUGUGCCACCGGUCCAUCCAUCCCACGCCAUGAGCAGGGCUGUGCGGUUCCCCUGCGUUGGGGCGUGUAGCUGAGGGAUGGCCUCGCUGGACCUGCCCUACCGGUGUCCGAGGUGCGGGGAGCACAAGCGCUUCCGCAGCCUCUCCUCGCUGCGGGCGCACCUGGAGUACAACCACACCUAUGAGACCCUCUACGUCCUCUCCAAGACCAACAGCAUCUGUGAUGCUGCUGUCUUCCCCUUGGCCACCGACGGGGCCCUGCUGACGCCGGCCGCCCGGCGGGACUACUUUGAGAGCACCUCCUUCCAAGGCAAGGACCAGCGCUUCUCCUGCGACCUUGUCCCCGCCGAGGAGUUGGAGCCGGCCCCGUCCUCCUCCCCCUCGCCCCGCUAUGUCCAUGAGAUCGAGAUCCCUCUGACGGAGAUCUUCACCCGGGGCAAAGCCGUGGCGCCGGCCCCUGCGCCACCGGCCACUAUGGACGCUGCCUACGAGGAAGGCUUGGCCCGCCUGAAGAUUCGCGCCUUUGAGAAGCUGGAGGUGGACAAGCGUCUGGAGAAGCUGACAGAGGAGGUGGAGCAGAAGAUCGCCUCACAGGUGGGCCGGCUCCAGGUGGAGCUGGACCGCAAGAGCUCGGAGCUGGAAAAGGCAAAGCAGGAGAGCCUACGGCUCAGCCGGGAGAAGCAGGAACUGGAGGACCGGGCAUCUGAACUGUCCCGCCAGGUAGACGUCAGCGUGGAGAUGCUGGCCUCUCUCAAGCAAGACCUAGUGCAGAAGGAGCAGGAGCUCACCCGCAAGCAACAGGAGGUGCUGCAGAUCGACCAGUUCCUGAAGGAGACGGCCGCCCGCGAGGCCAACGCCAAGGUUCGCCUCCAGCACUUCAUCGAGGAGCUGCUGGACCGGGCAGACCGGGCCGAGAAGCAGCUCCAGAUCAUCAGCAGCAGCUGCGGCACCACCCCAAAUGGCAGCCUGGGACGCUGCGGCACGCCGGGGGCCAAGGCCGCCGGCCGACCGGUACCUCCACGGGCACAGAGAGACCGGCACCCGGGGCCAGGGGCAGCUGUGCACGGUCCCUAUGGCGUGUCCAACCAGCGCUCCUCCUCCAGCACUGGUGCCUCGAGCCGGGCAAAAGCCGUGUCGCAGAGCUCGGGCUGCUACGACAGCGACAGCGCAGAGCCGUGCCCCACCGACGACACUGCCGACGGGCAUCCCUACCCGGCGCGGGACGGCGCCCGGGGCUCGGGGCUGCGCCGGCAAGCCAUCCAAAACUGGCACCGCCGGCCCUACCGCAACAGCACCGAGGGCGAGGAGGGCGACGUCUCUGACGUGGGCUCCCGCACCACUGAGUCAGAGGCCGAGGGCUGGGAGCCAGAUGGACCCGGAUCCGCUGCAUCCCGACCCACCGGCAGCUGCCGGCUGACGGCCAGGACCGAGGGGCCCGGGGGCAAGGUGGGACGGCUGGAGAGGGGCAGCCCGGGCCACUCCAGCGAGGUGAUCAGCCCCGAGAUCCUCAAGAUGCGAGCGGCUCUUUUCUGCAUCUUCACCUACCUGGACACCAAGACCCUGCUGCGGGCGGCCGAGGUGUGCAAGGACUGGAAGUUUGUGGCCCGGCACCCGGCCGUGUGGACACGGGUGCUGCUAGAGAACGCCAGGGUGUCCUCCAAGUUCCUGGCCAUGCUGUCUCAGUGGUGCACCCAGAUGCACUCCCUCACCCUCCAAAACCUCAAGCCGCGCCAGCGGGGGAAGAAGGAGAGCAAGGAGGACUACAUGAAGAGCACACGGGGCUGCUUGGAAGCCGGGCUGGAGUCCCUGCUGAAGGCGACGGGCAGCAACCUCCUCAUCCUCCGCAUCUCACACUGCCCCAACGUGCUGACGGACCGCUCGCUCUGGCUGGCCAGCUGCUACUGCCGGGCCCUGCAGGCUGUCACGUACCGGAGCUCUACGGACCCCGUGGGUCAUGAAGUCAUCUGGGCCCUUGGAGCAGGUUGCAGGGACAUCAUCUCCCUCCAGGUCGCACCUCUGCAUCCGUGCCAGCAGCCGACGCGUUUCAGCAACCGCUGCCUUCAGAUGAUCGGACGGUGCUGGCCGCACCUGCGGGCGCUGGGUAUUGGAGGAGCAGGCUGUGGCGUCCAGGGACUGGCGUCCUUAGCCCGAAACUGCAUGCGGCUUCAGGUCCUGGAGCUAGACCAUGUGGCAGAGAUCAACCAGGAGGUUGCAGCAGAGGUGUGUCGAGAGGGACUGAAGGGGCUGGAGAUGUUAGUGUUGACCUCCACACCAGUCACUCCCAAAGCCCUACUGCACUUCAACAGUGUGUGCCGGAACCUGAAAUCCAUCGUCGUGCAGGUGGGCAUCGUGGACUACUUCAAGGAGCCCCACAGCCCUGAAGCCAAGAAGAUGUUUGAAGAAAUGGUGAACAAACUCCAGGCCCUGAGAAAGAGACCCGGCUUCUCCAAGAUUUUACACAUCAAAGUGGAAGGGGGCUGUUAGACCUUCAGGGAACCACAGAGCACAUUCCCUCCUCUGCCCAGCGGAGCCAAAGGCCCCACGAAACCAAACCCACCGUCCGCUGCUCAUCCGUUGCCGGACCUGGAGCAUGGAGACACCGGCCCAUGCACAAAAAAACCCAAACUCUUGCAGGCCUUAGUGACUGGCAGCCGGCGCUCGUCCCCAGGGCCACCUCACGGGCGAGAAGGUGCUACUUAAGGAAAUUUUUCAGCUGCCCAAAGAGGCAGGGCUACGCUCUUUCCCGGGAGGGAAGAUGUCUUUGAACCCUCUGCGGCUGCUCGUUGCCAAGGAUCCUUGUUUGAGGAAUGUCUUUUUCUUCGACUUCUCUUUCUGGGGCUUUUUUUUUGCCAUUUGAUGGUGUGGGAGAUGAGGAUGGUUCAGCAGAGCGCCAGGCUUGGCGCCACUGUGUCACAGCUGGACCAUCCCCAUCUUCUCCGUGGGCUGGUGGAAAUGGGGUGGGAAGGGGCCGUUCCUCCAGAGGAAAUGGUGCCCAGCAUUCCUGCAGGGUUUCCACUGGUUUUCAUUUCAUUUGUUUAACAGAAGGGCACCCAAACCUGGGUGAAUACUGCCCAGAAACCAGCAGCCACGACAGCACAAGCCCAGAUGGCAGAGCUGCAUCUUGGGGGCUGUAGGAGCCAGAGGACACCAGGAGAGAUGGUCACUCUUCCAGAGGUUUCCAGCCUCAUCUCUUCUGCACCCAAACCUUCCUGCAAAGGCAAUAAACCAUCUCCAAAAUCCUCGUCCACCAGGAAACACGGGUCAUGCUUCCGUCCCCACCGACAUCCACCACCUGCUCAGGCUUCCUCCGGAGCAAAUUGUCCCAUGCGGAGAGAGGGACAGGCAUGGGACACCCACAUUUGCCAUCCAAUCGCCUCCCUGAGCAGCCUGAAGGAGAAGCCCUGGAAAAAUUGUCCUGAAAUACACAGCUGCUGGUGCAAGCACCAACCCAACUGCCCUGGUAGAUCCCUUAUCUAUGGCCAUGGCUGGGUUUUUUACUUCUGCUUUUUCCUUCUGGCUGUCUUCUGCCUGCAAGGAUGUCAUCACCCCCCAAAAUAGCCUUCUUUUUCCAAAGAAAAAGGGUUUUGAAAGGCAUCCAGCAAGGUCAGGUGUCUCCAUCCUCCACCCUGGGGAGAAGGUGCCAGGAGGUGCCCAUGCCAUGGGGGACACCCAUCACAGCACUGCCAGCAGCAGGGAUGCACCAUCCUUAACCACAGCCCCCUGCCACCCCGAGCCCCAACCAGGCGUGCUUGGACCUGACAUGCUGAGCUGAGAGGAGCCAACUGGGAAGAGCAGAUUUUGGGGUUUUUUCCUCUCCUCUGGGCCAUCAUUGGAGGUUUCAGUGUCUGUUGGCCAGCAUGGCUGCAAGGAGACAGCCCUUCCCAGGGCAUCUCCCCUUCCUCCAGCCCUCCCAGGCUGAUGGGCUGCCAUGGAGCAUUCCCCAGGGAGGGAGAAGGCUGCAGACCUAUCCUGGUAUCAUCUUCCUCAUCCAUGUCACGAGAGAGGCAGACCUCAGCCUGGAGCUCCCAGCAUGCCGACAGACCUCGUGGACCCUGAUAGAAAAUAAAAUCUAUUCCAAAUUGCUGAAGCUGGUGGUGGACUGGAGGCAGGUCCUGGGUCUCCAACCCCAGAAGGAACCUCAGGAGACCAUUUCAUCCACCCCUCAUCCCAUCUACGCUGUCUCCUCCAAAGCAGGGUUGGGUUUUUUGGCCAUAAUCCCCCAUUUGAAGCACCUCCAUUCCCCUGCUGACUGCAGCUUUCCAGGAGAAGGCUGUUCCCUGUAUGCACAAAAUGUGGGAGCCCAAAAAAAAAACACCUGCAAGAAACUACCACGUCCCACCAUGACCCCAUGGGCAACAUUGGAUGAGCUCCCCAGCACCGGAGACGAGCUCCCCACCGUGCCCACCGCAGGUUUACCUCCAUCCCGGGGAGGCUGGGACACAGGUAAUCCAGGGGCAAGAGGAGCAAGGGAUGCCCCAACCAGCAAAAAAAACCACCCAGCAAAUCUACAACCCCCAGGGGACCACCCAGCUACCAUCCCACGAGCGUGGUCCCAGUGGAGAUGUCACCAUUCAAAACAGUGCAGAGACUUGUGAAACUCCCGUUAAAAAAAAAAAAAAAAAAAAGGUAAGUAUUUAUUUCUAUAAAGAAAAGAAGGAGAAAAAAAAAAAGAUUUUAAAGGAAAAUUAUAUACUCAGCAUGUUUAUACACUCUAUGCUUAAAGACUAUCGUGUUGGAGAGUUGUGUCCGAAGACUGAAGGUGGCUACUCCGGGUUUGCUGUGUGCCCGUGCCUGGCCCCUCGCCCAGCUCCUCCUGGUCAUGGGGAAGGCGAGGAUGGGGUGUUGGGAAGCAGGGGGAGAUGUUGAGGACUCUUGAAGAAACGUUCUGUGCUCACCAGUGAGGCCGGAGUGGCUGCUGGUGCCAUCGGUGGCCAUGGCUGCUGGUGGCCGUGGUGGUGUGGAGCAUGGGUGGGUGUGUGACAUCCCCUUUCCCUCGCUGCCGCAACGGUUUUGUAAGUCACGGCAGGACAACCUCACCCAAAUUUGGUGCUUCGGUGUAUUGCCGAGACCAGACCAAACCGUCCACCUCCCCUUGGGGCAUUCCCAAAAAGUCCAAUUUCUGGCUUAGCAAAGCCAGGUUUUUACAAAAAUCCUAUGAUGACACAAAAGCUUGAGCAGGUUCAAGGAUUGGAAGAUGGAAAGUGGGGGGUUUUUCCCCCAUUUUGCCUGGGCUUGGACAGGUCUCUUCCUCCUCCUCCUUGGUUGGGGAUGAAGGUGGCUGACACAGUGACACAGGCUUGGUGGUAAUGAGAGCCCUGUGUCUCCCUGGCCCUCCCAGUGGCUCCUAAUUGCCUAAGUUGUUAAUGGCAACGAGCUCAUUAACGGCUCUGUAUUUCUUCCCCUGAAAUGUCAUACUGAUGGCUUCCCUGCUGCUUUCCCUCCCCAUCCCGCCGGCGCGUGGCCCCGUUGGCUCCUCCAUGAACCCCCAUCGCCCACCCCCAUCCCUAUGGGAUGCUCAGGCAACGCUGCCCGUGGCCGUAGGAUUCACCACGUUGGUCGUAGGGUUUCAACCCCAUUUCCUCUGAAAACAAUGGAGAUGCACAGAAAUACCAAAUCGCCUGGGAAAGCCUUGAAAUCACACAGGUGCUGGUAGGGAAGGGAAUGCUGCAGCAUGAGCUCAACCCCAUACUAGACCCUAGAGAAGCCCCAGCGGGGCUCUGCAAUGACAAUCCCCAGCAAAAGCCAGGGCACAGCCGCCCGACCCGGGACGAGCAUCAGCAGUGAGGAACUUUUCAUUCAGGGUCAUGGUGAUGGCCAGACCUGGCAGGGGCUGGAUGGACGGUGCUGCUGCUUCCUGCCAGGCCUGGGUCCUGCAGGACCAGUUGUGGGGGGAUUUAUUCCUUUUCUAGUGAGUUUGCCCAAAGUUUCCCCGUGGCCAACGCUCGUGACAUUCCUCUUCUCUUGAAUUUGGGUGCUGGUCAGGGAUCUCAAGAGGAACAACACCAGCAAAGCCAGCUCGGAGGCCAAAUUUAUCCCAAAUCCGUGUUUUUCUGUCUCCCUCGUGUGUUGGAUUUUGCUCGUCAUCCAUCGCUCCGAGUCCUCAGGCGCCGGGGAUGCUCCAGGGACCGGCUGCCUCCUCCUGCCUUCAUCCCCACAUCCCCAGCUUGGGGGGGGGGGGGCAGGGCUGUAAGGGCUUGAGGAAAAUGGGAACCCCCAGAUUGGCUCCAUCCAAGAUUUUUAAACCUCUUUAUCAAACAGAGAAGUUAAAAAAAACUAUCCCACCUCUCGCCGUGUGUCACGGUCCCAGCUGCCACCCAAGGCACAACCACAGCUGGGUCUUGGACAGCUUGUUUGGAUCCUCCAAAAGGCUCUGAAAUUGGUUAAAACAGAACAAAAAUCCCCAUGAGAAGUGUUGAUAAAGGCUCUUAAAGCAGUUGAACAACACUUUCUCUCGGCUUUUAAGAGGAGCCCACCCCACGAGUUGGCACAUCGCUUCAACCUCUCAUUUUGGGUUGAAAACCUGCAGGUUCGGGUGGAGCGAAAGCAUUUGGGAAUCCGUGCCAAAUGACAAAAUGCUUUAAAAAAAAACCAAACAAAAAAACCAAACAGGGAGUGGGGAGAUUUUUGCAACCAGAGAUGGUUUAUUGUGACCGAAGCAUCGCAGGGUGUUGUUGCAAGGUGAGCGGUGGCAAUGCACGACCUUCCCCAUCGGUGGGAGGUAAAAUAAUCCCCGCGGCGGGUGAAACGGUCCCUCCUGCCCCGAGGAAAAGCUGCUGCACAUCCUUCCCUGGUGUGCGGCAGCAGGGAGAGGAGGGAAAACUGCCUGAAAGCAGGAAAAAUGGGAUUUUCUGAUCCAGCCUCGGGAUUGAGCCCCUUGGAAGGGGGACGAGGCAGGCUGGGGCCGGGGACAAGCGGGUGCAAUGGUGCGGGAGGGCUUUUGGGAAGCGAGCGCGGUAACGCACACUUGCUUAGAGAUAAUCAGAGGAUGUGCUCCCUGGGGGGAGAGAAAAAUAUAUAUAUAUAUAUAUACAGGAAUCAAUCGCAAUCGUUUCCCUAAAGCACUUCUUCGCAGCGGUGUUUGCUCCAGGGGAAGCUCAGCCCCCAGUGAGCAAUUUCCGAGGGGCCCUGUACAGCGACCUCCCCCCUCCCGAAAGGUAGCGAGUUUGCCUCCUAAGUUAUUUUUUUAAAUCUAUAUAAAUUUAGGUCUAUUUUAGUCUUUCGCAGCGAUGUGCCAGUGUCUGGAGAACCAAACAUCCCUUUUCCCACCCCACGGUCCCUUGAUGCUAAACCGUGUCCUCAAUGCUGAACCUGCCAGAGGAUGCUGC